UCAUAAUUGUUUAAAUAAUAAUAAUAAUAAUAAUAAUAAUAUUGUUGAAAAUCAUAAUCAUAACAACGAUAAUAUUGAACAAAAUUUAACAACAGGAACAGGAUUAGGUCAAGGUUGGUCGAACGAUAAAGAAGAAGAAAGUUCAUCAUCAACGACACCAUCAUUGAAAGGUGGAGAAAACGGUGGUUGUAUAAGUCAAAAAGAUACGAUCGGUCAACAACAACAACAACAAAAUCAAUCAAAAUGUUCGAUAAUACAAUCUGUUGUGAAUCAUCAUCAUCAUCAUCCUCAAUCUCAAAAUCUUUCUUCUUCACAUCAACAACAACAGCAGCAUCAUUCACAAUUACCACCAAAAGAUUUGUACAGUCCAAUUUUGCCUCAAUCGACGCAAAAUCAUGCUCAUGCCUCAUACCAACAACAGCAAUAUCAGAAACAAUUUCAAGAAGAAUUUCCUCCAAUAUCGAAUGCUGGUGGCGACAUAGUAGGACGAGACAAAUCUGUAUCGAUUGCCAAAGAAUCGAAUAUGUCUGGUGUCGCCGGAGGAGGAAGUCGACGAGAAUCAUUAGUAACAGAACAACAACAACAAAAACAGCAUCGUCAAACACCUCCAUUACAACAAAAGGGUCCAGCCAAUGUACAGCAAGAUGGAGGUGGCGAAAAAGAUAACGAUCCGAGUCAAAGCGGUAGUGGGGGUGGUGGUGGUGGUUUUCAUACCGUUCGUGAUCAUUCAGCCGACUAUCAUCUUUCAUACCGUCAUAAUCAUUCUAGUAACAAAAAUCUUCAUCAUUCAUCAUCUGCAUCAAAUUUGCCAUCAUCACAAACUGGUGCUGCAAAUAAUGAUUUACUUUAUCAUCUUCCUACAUCAAAUGAUUUUCCCUUGAUUAUGUCGUCGAAAAACAGUUCUGAUUCUUCUAAUCCACAGCAAUCAUCAAAUCGCAAUAUUAAUCGUCGUGGCGAUGGAUAUUCAUCUUCGUCUACAAAUCAAAAUUAUGGACCUACCGGUGGUAGUAGUGGCAACAGCCGAAAAAGUCAUAAUAAAUCCGAACGAAAAUUUGCUCUCGAAAAACCAGCCAUAAUUGAUGAUAAAGAGCUAAAAUCGUUGGAUAAAAUAUUGAAAACUGAUUUGGAUUGUGAUUGGGCGGAUGAAAAAGAAAUUGAUUAUGGUGCCAAGAUUCAUUUUAGUGAUGGUGAUGAAUCUACUGAUGAUGAUGAUAAUGAAGAAAGUAAUAAUAAACAAUUAGAAAGAGAUGAUUCUCAUCCAAAAUCAAUGGAAUCUUCUACAAAAUCAAUUUCAUCAUCAUCAUCAAUAAGAGAUCAUCAAUCACAAAAUGAUAAUAAUCGUCAACCACCUGCCUAUUAUCCAUCUCAACAACGUGAAUCAUCUACAUCCAAUCCAAUGUAUCCUGCACCAUCGCGUGGACAAAUUGAUCCACGUUCAAUACCACCACCACCAUCAAAUAUGCCAUCACAAGAGGCCAAUAGAUAUUAUGGAAGAAAAUCGGAUCCUCUUUAUGAAACAAUCAAUCGUAAAGAUAAUUUGAAUGAGCCAUAUGAUAAACGACGUGGUGAAUAUCAUGCUUCAUCUAGAUCACAGCAAUUGCCUAGAGGUGGUGGCGGAUAUAAUCAACAGCAACAACAACAAUAUCCACCAUUAGCACAACCACAAUUACAGAUGCAACCAUCUCGAAAUUUAAGAGAAAAUGGACGUGCUGGUGGUGGUGGUGAUCAUGUUAUUGCUAGUGCACAAAUGAAUCGAGUUAGUUCUGAAGAAGAAAAUUGGCGACCUAAACCACGUUUGAAAGAUGAAGUUAGCAAUGCUGUUCUUCGUGGACGUCAAUCACGUGAUGCUGAUCAUGAUGAAAUGAUGAUGCCACCACCGCCGCCUUCAUCUCAAUCGAAUCGUGAUCGACGUGAUUCAGGACGUGAUUAUCGUAAUGAUCGAUUGAGUGGUCCACCUAAUAGUGGUGGUGGUGGAUAUCCAACGUCGGGAAACAAAUCCUUGAUAUAUCCACCUCCAAAUUUACCACCACGUUUACAGAAACAAAUUGAACAGAAUAUGUAUCAGAAAAAUUCUGGUUCCAGAACAAGAUCACCUUCAUCACAGCAUCAUCAACAACAACAACAAGGUGAUCAAAAUAUUAACGGUGGUCAAGCAUUAUUAGAUCAACAGCGUAAUUCGUAUCGUGAUUAUCCUUCUUCAUCACAAUCAAUUUAUGAUCAAAGAGGAGGUGGCCAACAACGUGAUUCACAUCAUCGUCGAACACCACCGGAUAAUAAUAACUAUAAUGAUGGUAAUAGUCGACAAUCUGGUCGAUAUGUUACACAAAAAAAUGAACCAACUAGUUGGCGUAAUACAACAAAACCGAUUGAUAAUAAUCGUGAAACAUUACCCACUCAACAAUCAUCAUCUAAUCGAAAAGAUUCUUCAGAUGUAUCUUCAUCAUCAUCAUCAUCUACAAAUUCAGCAACAGCUAAAUGUUCACCUCCGCCGCAAUCUACAACACAAAGUGAUCAACAACAAUCGGAACAGUCGAAAGAAUCUUCCACAAAAGAUUCGCUUUCUACAAGUAAAACAAUGGAAGAUUCUAAUGAAUCAAAGCCUUCUUCCGCCGCACAACAACCACCAACAUCAUCUGAAAUUGAAGUUGUUGAAACAUCUGUUUCGACAAUUUCAACUGUUGAAAAAGAAGCAUUAAAUGAAGAUAGCGGCAAUAAUGAACAAACAACUGCAACAGAUAAACCGGUAGUUGAAUCUUUAGCAAAAAUAGAUUCCGAAUCGAAUCAAAAUGUUGAAAAAGAAGUCAACUCCCAACAACAGCAGCAAAAACAAACAUCUUUGUCGACGAAUCAAAAACCAACUAUGUCGACAAGCCAAAAAAAUUAUAAAGAAGAUAAUGAUAGUGGUCAUUACACUAACCAACAACAACAGCAACAUUAUCGAAACAAUAAUUCAAGAGGUUCAUAUGCUGAUUCACGUAGACGAGAUGAUGGUCGAUAUAUUGAUCAUUCGAUUGAUAAUCGACAACAACAACAACAACAACGAAAAUAUUCCAAUAAUUCUACGGAACGUUAUACUCCUCCAUCCUCAACAACAUCGGCCAAUUCUUCUUUGAAUCAAAUUCAACGUCGUGAUAACUAUGCAAACAGCAGCAACAACAACAAUUAUCAACGUUCAUCGAAUUAUCAUCAUCAUCAUCAUCAUCAAUCACAACAAUUGCCCUAUAAAUCGAAUGUUGUAGAUUCAUCACAUAAUAUUGAACAUUCAUCAUCACAACAGCAACAACAACAACAGAAUUAUGAAUCAUCAUCAAAUAAUCGAUCAAGACAUGAUUCAAUGAGUUCGAAUUCUACGUCGGCAACAAAUACACCAGCACCGACACCACCAACCGUUGUUACUUCCAUGUCAUCAUCUUCAUCUCCACCUUUACCAACAACAACAAUAAAUGCAACAGCGAGCAACAACGUUGCCGUUUCGACUUCGACAUCAACAUUGCCUUCAGGCCCUCAAGUUGUCGGUCUUACUACAAACAUACGAGCAAUUUCGACUUAUGGUCCACCGCCUACUGCCAAAGUUUUCGGUGAUCAAGCUAUGAUACAGCCACAACCAACAAAAUCUUCAACACCUCCCGUCCAGAAUACUUUGAAUGUUUCGAAUGUUGAAAAACGAAAUAACAGCGGAUUAAAUCCAGUCAUAACAACUAGCCAACAACAGCAUCAAUCGAUUAAACAUAAUAGUUCCAAUAGUGGUAAUCCUGUCAACAAAUCACAUCAUGUAACAUCGAAUCGUCGUGAUGAACGAAAUGAUCAUCAUUCACAGCAACAGCAACGUGUUAGUAAUAAUCGAUCUUCGUCUGGUGCUGGUAGUUCUUCAUCUCGAUAUGGUUCACGAAAUGUUCAACAACAUUCGUCAAAACCGCAACGUAGUACUACUCAACAUGGUUCUACGGUCAGUGGUCCGAGUAGUAUCGUCGUUUCAAAUAAAUCAAUAGUUUCACCACCAUCAUCCAAAAGUCCUGGUGCCUCUUCUAAUACAAAUACAAAUUCAGCUCAACCAGCUAGACAACAAUCAACAACUUCGACAAAUUCAUCUAAUGCUGCUGCUGCCAAUCGACAAGAAUCAGAAGAUUUUAUUCAAGAUGAAUGGGAAACUGCUUCUGAAUCAAGUGAUUUGAUGGAAAGAAAUUCUGCUGAUGUUGUAUCAUCAUCAUCAGUUCAGGAAAAUCGUAAUAAAAUGAAUGUUGAAAAAUCAUCUCAACAACAAACAAGUGUUUCGAAUACAACAUCAUCUUCAACAGUAACCGCAACAACAUCUAAACAUGGUAAUGAUCGAAAUGUUUAUUCGUCCAACAAAUCAACACAUCAACAGCCAUCAUCAUCAUCAUUACAUCAUCAACAACAACAACAGGAUCAUCAUGGAAAUUAUAGAAAUAGUGGACGACAUGAAAGAGUUGAACGAUCUUCUUCAAAUCGUGGAAAUGAUUCAAUGUAUCAUCAACAACAACAACAACAUUCAUCUUCAUCAUCUAGACAUCAUCCAGGCUCAUCAUCAUCAUCGACAAUAACACAUUCGUAUAAUGCUCGUAAUUCUGGUAGCGGAGGUUCUUCUCGUCAUACAUCAAGAGGUGGUGGUGGUGGAAGCUCAUCUACAAGUGGAUAUCGUACUGGAAGUGGAAAUAAUAAUAAUACAAUAUUGGGCAAUUCAUCUUCAAAACGAUCUUCGAAUCAAAAUUCAUUAUCGAUGACAUCGAAUUCAAAUUAUCAUGGUAAUCAACGACAUCAACAAGAACAACAUGUAAAUGUUGCCAUGUCAAAAAUGGCAUUGUCCGAUUCACAUGAUACGACGGAAGAUACAAAAUCAUCUGAACGUAAUCGCAAAAAUUCUUUUGGUGGUGGUGGUACAGCUGUACAAAAUUCUGGUCGACAUCAUGGUUCGAAUACUAUGGGUGAUUCUUCUACGACUGUGAUAAAUAAUCAACAACAACAACAACAACAGACGUAUACUGAAUCCGAACAACAACAACAACAAAUGGCAAAUAAAAAAAUGAUUCAACAAAAUGAUCAACAUUCAAGAUCAAGACGAAAAAAUGAUCAGCGAAUUUCCAAACCAAAUAAUAAUAAUAAAAGCAGCCAGAAUCAACAACAACAACAACCACAAAUAAAAAAUAGUGGUAAUACUGGUCAAAGAUCACAAGAUCAAAUUCAAUCAACACAAUCAACGAUAAAUAAAAAACAACAACAAGAUUCAUCAUCUCAGAUAAUAACAAAUCAAAAAUGUGAUUCUAUUGAAAAUAAAACUACAACAGUACAACGUAGCAAUAGUUCAUCAUCAACAUCGACAACAAAUUUUGAUCAAUCAAAAGAUCAGCCAAAUGAUUUAUCAUCAUUAGUCUCGAAUGAUGAUAAAUCAUCGAAAGAAUCUUUGGUCAAAAAAUCGGAAACACCACUCCAGAUAACUAGAAUUCCUGAUAUGGAUACAAGUUCUACUAACAUGAUAAUCACUAAUCGUAAAAUUGUCGGAACAUUAAUCUACGAAAAUACUAAAUUAAAAGAAGAGAAUAAAGUUCUUUCAAAGAUUGAUGAAGUUAUUACAACACCAUCCACAGUUGCGAACAGCAGCAAUGUUAAUUCGGCACCAGUUUCACAAUCAUCAUUAACAACAACAUCGAAAAACUAUAUGGUGAAUAAUACACCAUCAACGACAACAUCUUCAAUCAAUGAAGAAUUAAAUAUGAAAAUUGCUUCGGUUAAAAAAGUAUGGGAUACAGCACCGAAUGAAACAACGAUAAAUAAUAAUAAUAAUAAUAAUUCCCAACAAAAUUCUGGUGAAAGAAAAAAUUCGUUGUUAUCGACAACAGCAACUAGUCCAACGGAUAAAAAUCAACAACAACAACAACAAAAAAUAAACAAUGGAAACAAUUUAUCUAAUAUUAAAAAACAAUCAAAUCCAAAUAUAUUUACCGCUAGUGGAAAUAAUACACAAAUAAUUAAUGCUACAUCACCACCGGUUAUUGUUUCAACAUCGACAUAUAGUGGUUUUCAACAACAACAACAACAACAUCAUCAUAAUAAUAAUAUGUUGCAAACACCAACUAGUCCACCAUCAAUAUCUCAUCAGAUCUAUCAGAAUCCAUUAGCUGCUGCUGUAAAUUCACAACAAAAUCCAGCUGCAUUAGCUGCUGCAUUUCAUCAAUAUAAUGCUGCCACUGGUCAAUUAUCUCAUCAUGAUCAAUCAAAUUUUGCUGUUAAUCAAGCUACUAAUGCAGCAACAAAUGCAGCAGCUCAAUCUUCGGCAGGAUUAAGUCAUUCACAUGGUGCUCAAGUGACCUUUCCACAUCUUCCGGCAUUCGCUAUGCAUCAACAACCGAAUGUUGUUGCUGCGGUAGCUCAACAAACACAAUUCAAUCAAAUGGCAUUGGCUAUGAUGCAGGCUAGUAGUAAUGCAGCAUCGAAUCAUCCUGCAGCGAAUCUAUUUUUGACACAAUUGAAUGCGGCACAACCGCAAGCAUUAGGACCAGCAAACACCAACGAUCAUCAAUUCAAUAAAUAUGCUUUGGCUGCAGCAAAUCCUAAUGCUGUUGCAAUGACCGCACAGAAUCAUGCAAUGAUGAAACCGGCAACAGCAUUUGUUUCUCAUCAUCCACAUCAUCAACAAGCUAAUCAUCAUAAUUUACAGCAAACAGCUGGAGGAUGGCCAACAACUGGUCAACAAUUACAACAAGCUAAUCAACAACAUUUUUUUACACAAUUAGCUGCAGCCGCUGCUAAUCCAGCUGCAAAUGCAUUGAGUGGAUUUGUUCCUGCUCCAUUAAAUAUGAAUACUGCUGCUGCGGCUGCUGCUGCUGCCAGUGCAAUUAUUCCCGCAAAUGGUUCGCAAACACAACUUUCACAAAAUUCUUAUCAUAAUAAUCGUCAAACAGCAGGUAAUAUGCAACGCGUUGAUCCUAAUGUGGUUCGUUCGUUUAAUAUGGCACAAACAACUGAUCAAAUGCAUCAUCAUCAAAUGGCUGCCGCUUCCAAUCAAUUUGUUAAUGAUGGUCAAGCCAAUAGAGCGACUGGUAUGGUAGCUAAUCAACAGCAUAAUGUAGUUGGUCAUCAGAAUCAUCGAAAUUCACAUCAAUUUUUUGCUGGACCACAACCGAAUUCUGCACCACAAACAUCACAGGCAAUGAAUGUACAACAAGCUGCUGCCAAUUGGAAUGCAGCAGCGGCAGCCAAUCAACAAUUGGCAUUUUUUAAUCAUCAAAGCAAAAUGCAACAUCAAGCGAAUGGACGAUCGCAACCACAAGCACAACAACAAUUUCCAAUGCAUUUAAUGAUGAACAAUGCUUUAGCGGCUGCUGCUCAUCAUGCUGGUGCUCAUCAUAUUCAACAACAACAUCAAAUGAAUUCACGUACAAGUCCAUUGAAUGCUACAUCUUUUGCAAACAAUACGAUUGUUGCUAAUGCUAUUGGUAAUAAUUAUCAACCGAAUCCUAUUCAACGACCAAACAAUGCUCAACAAUCAAAUAAAGUUGGUGGUAUGAUGAAUCAAUCAUCAAACAAUCGAAAUGGUUCAAACAAAUCAUCAUAUAAUAAUAAUCAAUCAGGAGGUAUGGGAAAAUCUAGACAAUAUCAAAAUCGAAAUAGUACUACACCAUCACCGGGUACUAAUAUCAAUAAUAAUAAUAAUGUUCAACAAUCGACUACCGAUUAUACUGGAUCUGGAUCUACUACUGGUGGUGGUCAAACAACAACAACAACAACAGCAACUGCUACCGUAAAAGAUUGAA